AUGGUAAAGAGAGCAAUAGUAAGAAGAUUUCCCGUAAUAAUGAUGGCAGAUGAAACUGUAAAGGCACAACACCACACAAUGGCUUCUCGUUUAGACAGAACAGUGUUUAAUGGCGCAAGUGCCGACGAUGCGUUGUUCGAAAGGUUUUUCAUUUCCGAUUUUUCGCCGGUUUUCACGAAAUUCGCUCCAUACUUCAGUGAACCAGCUCUGUGGUCGCCUGUUAUGACUUAAUCACGUAGCGGAAGACUUAACGAACACGUAUAAUGAUGGAAUAUGGAAGUCUGUUGGUUGACUCAAAUGCAGUAUCUAUUACUGUUGACGGAACUAACUGCACAGUACUGUGUAUUAUAAAUGAACCACUCCAUAAGUACAUUGCAUUAAUUUGCUAAAUUUCGCUGAUACGCUUCCGAGUUAAGAUUAAAACUGAUUAUCAGAAAGAUAUGGAAUGGGAACCGUUUACCAUAACUUACCCUAAGAUUGACAAGAUAUAGACAAUUUCGUUAAAUUAAAAAUUCGCAAUUACAAUAUUUGUUUUGUCCUAAUUUUCUGUGGAACUGAAGGAUGUCUUAAUUGCUAAUACUUAUCGACAAGCUUCUGUUUGGCCAGAUCUCCAAACAAAUCCGUCAGUUUGACAUUUUUGCUGUCCAUAUCAGCUAAUUUGUGCAAAUUAAAGACUUAGAUCUCCUGUUUGGAGUCCUCUAAGCUUAGAUCCGUUAAGAUGAUUUGCGUUUUAAUCGUAAAAGAGGAUGAUGUUUAGUCCCACGAAACUGUUUCAAGUGGAUUUUUUCAACAGGAUUAAAACUGAUCCAUGUAAUAUUAGUUCAAAACUUGGUUCAAUGUCAUUAUCUGAGCAAUUGCGCACUCACUCCUCCCCUAACCCAACAAUAGUCAACUGAUAACAACUGAAGUUUGAUAUUGGCUUGGGAGAAGGGGGGGAGAAGGUGUGCAGUAUCUCAGAUGAUAACAUUGAUCCCAAAAUUUGAUAUUCUUCCAAAUAUUCUUGGUUCCCUAUACCCUUUCAUUCUAGCCUGCGUGUAGCCGUACCAUCCCUCCAAAGAAGUAUUUUCCGUUUCUCCUUGGCGGGGGGAAGGUAAGGCUUUACGUAGGCUCUUCAUUAAAAACAAGAUGGCGAUUCGAAUCCUAGCAUUUGGUAAUAGUUUGACGGAAGGUUGGUGCGAAUUUGGGACUAGAUUCCAUCCUUAUACCCUCAAACUGCAAAAUCUUAUGGAAUCCGAGUGCAAGACAGAAUCUAUUGUUAUUGUUAACAAGGGCGUGAGCGGUGAAACCAUAGACGAAAUGAACGCUCGACUUCCUGAGGUUUUGGACGAGGGUGGCCCGUUCGACAUAGUGAUCAUCCUGGGAGGCACAAACGACCUCGGCAUGCGUCUUGAUGAGGACGGAGAGCCUUUAUUCAGUCGUUUGAGAUCGCUGCACGAGCUAGCUCUUCGACAUUCUCCUCUAUCAGUGGCUGUGACUGUCCCGGAAACCGGUUACGAAACUAUGGAUGGGUACACUGUCGUCAGAGCGAAACGAUUGCAAGUGAACGCGCUUUUAAAGAAUUUUGUACAACAAUGUGGAAGUAAAAUGCUUGUCUCCGACCUGGCUACAAAGUUACCGCGGGAAUCGCUGAGUGAUGAGGAUCGUAGAACACUUUGGGCAGAUCAUCUUCAUUUUUCUCCAGCGGGAUACGACAGAAUGGGUGAAAUAAUAUUUGAGGAUAUAAGGCAUUGCCUUUCUAAAACUUUGAACGCAUGA